AUGACACGAUCUGUAUGGAAAGGCCCUUUUGUGGAUGCUUGCUUGUUCAAGCAAAAAAAGAUCAGAUGGAAAAUUUGGUCACGUAGAUCUUGUAUUUUGCCUCAAUUUGUUGGUUGCUAUGCACAAAUUUAUAACGGAAAAGGUUCUGUUGGUUUAAAAAUUACUGAAGAAAUGGUUGGUCAUAAAUUUGGAGAGUUUGCUUCUACACGGAAACCUUCUUCCUCUGGGAAGAGAGCUUCGCCCUCAAAAACAAAAAUAAGACAAAAAAAAAAGGUACGAUAG